CUAGCACAUACGACCAUAGGGUGUGGAAAACAGGGCUUCCCGUCCGCUCAGCCGUACUUAAGCCACACGCCGGCCGCGAAUCCCGGCUGUUGUAUGUUUUUGAACUUUUUUAUUUUGCUUCUUUUAUAUAUGUGUUGCUUGCCGCCGUGUCCUGAGUCACAGCCAAAGAAUAUAAAUAAUCGAUUGAUAGAAAUCCUUCAACUACUCCGAGAGUCCACCGCGACUCAAAGUCAAACUUCAUUUCCGGACAGAAUGGCGUAA